GGCAGGGUGAAGUAUGGCCCUCAGAGUCCUGUGCUUCAUCACCGUCGCUUUUACUUUUGUCCAUUUGACACCUUUACUUGAGGAGGAAUACCAUUUCAAGCAGUGGAUGUCACAGCACAACAGAGUUUAUGACGUUGAGGAGUAUCACUACCGGCUCCAUGUAUUCACUCAGAAUAAGAGGAUGAUUGAUCACCAUAAUGCUGGGAACCACUCCUUUACAAUGGGCCUCAACCAGUUCUCCGACAUGACAUUUCAGGAGUUCAGGAAGUUCUACCUUUUCACACAACCUCAGAACUGCUCAGUUACAAAAACAAGUCAUGUGAGCAGUACUGGCCCUCACCCUGAGAGUGUAGACUGGAGGACGAAGGGCAACUUUGUGACCCAUGUGAAAGACCAGGGUUACUGUGGCAGCUGCUGGACUUUCUCUACCACCGGCUGUUUGGAGUCAGUGAACGCUAUAGCUACCGGGAAGCUAAUACCCCUGUCUGAGCAGCAGCUCCUCGACUGUUCCAAACACUUCCACAACUAUGGAUGCUUGGGUGGGCUGCCCAGCCAGGCCUUUGAGUACAUCAAAUACAACAAAGGUCUUAUGACAGAGGAGGAUUAUCCCUACAAAGCCCAUGAUGACACCUGCAAUUUCAACCCUAAACUUGCAGCAGCUUUUAUCCAAGAUGUUGUCAACAUAACAAGCUACGAUGAGAAGGCCAUGGUGGAUGCAGUGGCCCGCCUCAACCCCAUCACCUUCAGCUUUGAUGCCACAGCUGAGUUCAUGCACUACAAAGAGGGAGUGUUCUCCAGCACCCAGUGUAAGAACACAACAGACAGGGUGAAUCAUGCAGUCCUGGCUGUGGGUUACGGCACCGAUGACAAUGACACACCGUACUGGAUUGUGAAGAACUCUUGGGGCACAGGCUGGGGAAAGGACGGAUAUUUUCUGAUUGAGCGUGGAACAAACAUGUGUGGACUGGCUGCAUGCUCUUCCUACCCUCUACCUUUAGUUCGAGGGAGAGACAUGACAACAAAGGGGUGAAGAUCACAACCAUGUCCUGUCAAUGGAGCGAACAUCCUGGGAAGUGUUUUAAUGUUUGAACUGAAUUGUGGAGAUUUUACACAGAUUAAGGACAGAAAACCAGCUUUUUGUGAACAGUAUUUAACUACGCAGCUGCAUCAUGUAGACACAAGCACAUGUGAGGAAUGCAUUGCUUGUGGGUUUAAAUUCAUUUCCCGUUGAAGCUCACGUUGAAGCUCACAUGUGCAGGCAAAACCUGCUUGCUGUCAUGCUGUCUGAGUUUCCUGUAAUUAAGUUUUAUUACAACAAAACACUCUACAACAAAACACUGUUUUUCCCGUUCGGUUAGUGUCAGUGUGCCCGUAGGAGAGUUUUUGUUUCACGAUG